ACAUCAAAACGGGACAUGACAUUACCCAACUCAACUCAAUCUCUCGCUAAAUUUAUCUUAAUUUGUACCUAUAUAUUCGUAACACUCUAUUUUAAUAAUUUCAUUGUGGAUAGCUUCACUGUCUUCGCUGCUCCUCAGACAUCAUACGUUACUGCUACCAUGUCUCCUUCCGUUACCGAAAUUCAGGUCGAAAAUCAUCUUUUUCCUGCCACGGUCAAACCUCCCGCCACUUGUCACACCUUGUUCCUCGCCGGUGCAGGUGUGAGAGGCCUGGAAAUCCAGGGGAAGUUUAUAAAAUUUACGGCCAUUGGUGUGUACCUGGAGGAUUCUGCGAUUCCGUCGCUCGCUCUUAAGUGGAAAGGCAAAACCGCUGACGAGUUGAUGAAAUCCGUCGGUUUUUUCAAUGAUAUUGUUACUGGUCCCUUUGAUAAGUUUACACGUGUGACCACGAUUUUGCCAUUAACUGGUAAACAAUAUUCAGAGAAAGUAGCAGAAAACUGUGUUGCUCACUGGAAAGCAAUUGGUAGCUAUACUGAUGAAGAGGCAAAAGCCAUUGACAAGUUUCUUGAAGUUUUCAAAGAUGAGGAAUUUCCUCCGGGUUCCUCAAUUCUCUUCACACAAUUACCUGCUGGAUCAUUGACCAUCGGCUUCUCCAAGGAAACUUCUAUACCAAAAGAUGGAAAAGCAGUGAUUCACAAUAAACAAUUGGCAGAAGCAGUACUGGACUCAAUCAUUGGGGAGCAUGGUGUUUCCCCAGCAGCAAAGCACAGUUUGGCAGUAAGAAUUUCAGACUUGUUGAAGCAUCAUGACCAUGAGGUUACUGGGAAUGGCAAAGCAGAAGUCGGAAAGAUGGCUAGUAAAGAUACUGAAACAGAGACUCAGGUUCAGGUAUAGGCUGAAAUGGUAACAGAACUCCAGAAUAAAGUUUUGCAUAAGAGUGAUCGCGAGUAGUUAAUAUAUGUUUUAAUGCAUCUUAUGCUUAUCACAUAUCUAUCUCCAGCUGUGUGAACUGUGAGAAUACAUAAUAUGGUAUAUGUAACUGAUUUGAUUCUAUGUUUGCCAA